ACGAUGUCGAUAUUUUCCUGAUAGUCGAUUGGUGGAAUUCAUCAAUAAUAUUGUAAAGAAAAUUUAUUCUAGAUUGAAUGAAAUUCACAAUAAAUAUAUUUCAAAUAAUAUAUUGCUAGAGAAAAUAUCAUAACAAAUUAUUAUUUUAUUGUCCUGCAAAUUAUAAUUUUGACAAUGCCAGUUUGAUGUACAGCGACGACGACUUCACAAUCAAGUUUUUACAACAUCCGUCGGAUUUUCUUUCCUCCGUGUAGUUGGUGGUUGUCAGAAACACAAUGGCCGAUACAGAAUCAAAAUCGCCGAAACCAGCGGCGGCAGCCAAACCGGUGAAGGAGAAGAAGGCAGCAGCGCCCGCCAAGAAGGGCCCCAAGGAGGGGGCCGCCGAAAAGGCACCCAAAGCUGCAUCGGGUGAUAAGAAGAAGGCGCCCGCACCAGCGACGCCCAAGGUCAAGCACAUGAUCAAGAAGAGGCAUGGCCGUCUCUAUGCCAAGGCCGUGUUCACCGGAUACAAGCGAGGUCUGAGGAAUCAGCACGAAAACACAGCCCUGCUCAAGGUGCAAGGCUGCGAAGACAAACCAUCCAGCUGGUACUACGUCGGCAAGAAGUGUGUCUUUGUCUACAAGGCGAAGAACAGGACGCCAGUUCCCGGCAAGCCCGGCAAGAAGACGAAAGUACGCGCUAUCUGGGGCAAGGUAACACGGCCGCAUGGCUGCUCCGGGGCAGUGCGCGCCAAGUUCACAUCCAACCUCCCCGCCACCGCUAUGGGCCGCCGCAUCAGGAUUAUGUUGUACCCCUCAAGGGUGUAAUCCUGACUGCGCUUAGAUUUAUAACGGUUAUUUACAAUAAAAACUUUGUAAAAUA